AUGCCCGCGUGGGUAAUCGAUGAAUACGGUAGAAAUGAUGUUCUCAGAUUUACUGACAGCGCGCUCACUCCCAGUGUCAACUUUUCCAGUGAGGUCGUUAUCAAGGUGCACGCGACAAGCCUUAACCCCAUUGAUAUAUCAAUGAGAGGAGGUUAUGGAUCCAGUGUUCUGAAGCUGAGGAGGGAGCCCCUGUCUUUGGGCCAAAGGGGGAGUGAGUUUCCAGUCAUCCUGGGCAGGGAUGUGUCUGGUGUGGUGGUAGACUGUGGCUCUGGUGUGAGCCUUGUGAAUCCAGGAGACGAGGUGUGGGCAGCUGUUCCUCCAUGGAAGCAGGGGAGUCUGGCAGAGUUUGUGAUUCUGAAUGAAAAUGAGGUGUCUGUGAAGCCGAGGUCACUGAGUCAUGCACAGGCUGCAUCCAUCCCAUACGUGGCCUCCACCGCGUGGUCUGCCCUCGUCCACGCCGGAGGUCUCAACCCCGACAACACUGCCAAUAAACGAGUGCUUAUUAUUGGAGCAUCAGGUGGAGUGGGCACUUUCUCCGUCCAGCUGCUGAAGGCCUGGGGAGCCCAUGUGACGGCCACCUGCUCCACAGACGCAGAGACACUGGUGAGAAGCCUGGGCGCUGAUGACGUAGUCGACUACAGGACAGGAGACUCAGAGAGACAGCUACAGAGCCGCGAAAAGUUCGAUGUCAUUCUGGACAAUGUUGGCGGGGACACUGAGAAAUGGGCUUUGGGUUUGCUGAGGCCCUGGACAGGGGCAAAGUUCAUCACCCUAGUAACACCCUUUAUCAUGAACACGGACACUCUGGGCCUGGUGGACGGACUGCUGCUAUCUGGAAUGACCCUGCACACGAAAGCCAUUACGAAUGUGUGUAGGGGUGUGUUUUAUCGCUGGGGAAUCUACGCCCCCGAUGGCUCUGCCCUGGACCAGAUCAGGGAGCUGGUGGACUCUGGGAAGAUCUUGCCGGUGGUGGAGAGCCAGUUCCCCUUCUCUGAGGUCCCUGAGGCCUUCCUGAAGGUGGAGGGAGGCCACGCCCGUGGCAAGACCGUCAUCACCCUCAUAGAGGAAGAGGAGGGGGUGGAGUCAGUGGUGCCCCAUGAGGAAGAAAUGCCACCACCACCACAGACCAGUAGAGAACAUAGUACAACAUCACAAGCUCAGGACACAACGCACAGUGAAACAAAACAGCCAGAAACUGCAGAGAGUCUUCUGGAGCAAGCUGUGCUUGCCCAGGCUGUGUUUGCAGAGGCCAUGGCCCAAUCUGCACAGACAGCACAGGCUGAAUCACCAGAGCCUGGAGAAAUGAUGCUGCCUGACAUAGCAGGGCCUGUAGACACAGCACAGGCUGACACGGCACAGGCUGACACGGCACAGUCUGUAGAGACCUCAGAGGAUGUUAAAACAGAAACAGCUGAGCCUGUAAAAAUGUCACAGUCUGAUGAGGAACAGUUAUUAGAUAGGGCAGAGCCAAUGGAACUGGCACAGGCUGACAUAGCGCCAUCUGUAGACACAGCACAGGCUGACAUAGCACCGUCAGUAGACACAGCACAGGCUGACAUAGCACCGUCAGUAGACACAGCACAGGCUGACAUAGCACCAUGUGUAGACACAGCACAGGCUGUAGACUCAGCAGAGCCUGUGGAAAUGAGAGAAACUGUGCAAAUGGAGCCUGAGGCAGCAGGAGAGGAAAGUGCUGACAGAUCACAGGCCAACGUUACACAGUCUGUAGAGAGAACACCGCCUGAUGAAACUGUGCAGAGCGAGGACGUGAUGGGGGUGGAAAGGGAGCGGGCUGAAACUGUGCAGGCAGAGGCUGCAGAGAGACAGGAGCUCUCUCAGCCGAAGGACAGUGGGCCACAGGGAGAGCCCCCGGCAGGGGCAGGACCAGCCAACACAGCUUAG